GCGACUUCCGGGAGUGCCGGCGGCGGCGGCGCUCGGGCAGCUGCCUCGGCAGGGCCCCCGCCGGCACCAUGAGCACCGAGACCCUGGUGAAGGACGUCAAGCCUGGGCUGAAGAACCUCAACCUCAUCUUCAUCGUGCUGGAGACAGGCCGGGUGACCAAGACCAAGGACGGGCACGAGGUGAGGACCUGCAAGGUGGCCGACAAGACCGGCAGCAUCAACAUCUCGGUGUGGGACGAUGUGGGCAACCUCAUCCAGCCUGGGGACAUCAUUCGCCUCACCAAGGGCUACGCUUCGGUCUUCAAGGGCUGCCUGACUCUGUACACAGGGCGCGGGGGGGACCUGCAGAAGAUCGGAGAGUUCUGCAUGGUGUACUCUGAGGUGCCCAACUUCAGCGAGCCCAACCCUGAGUAUGUGGCACAGCAGUCGCAGGGCAAAGGGGCCCAGAACGAGAGCACAACUGCAGCUGCUUCACAGAGCAACCAGGGCCCCCCCGCAGCCCCCCCAGCCCCCGACAGCCAGAACGGGAAUGGGCUGAGCCCGGGGGGCGCCGCCCACCCCCCCGGGCCCCCCGCCCACCCCCCCAGCGGCCGCAUCACGCGCAGCCAGCCUGGGCACCCCGGGGGGGCCCCCGGCCCCGUCAGCAACGGCAAAGAGACUCGAAGGAGCAGCAAGAGAUAACGGCCUGGGGACCC